AUGGAUGUAAAAAUCGUGCCCAUCAUACACAGUCCAUAUGGCGGUAAGAACGACUUUUCUCUAGACCUGCACUCUGACGCGAGACUAUUUAACUCGCUGUUUUCUCAUUUAUCUCUUUUUGUUUUUAAACACAUAACACGCCAUUCUGGAAUUUUUACUGGACAGUAUACACAUUUUAGGCGCCGACACAGUCGCCGAUGGUUAUACUACUUACAGACUCUGCAACUCAAAGUAUAUGGUUAUAAAAAAUACCGAUAACUGCAUCACCUAUUUAAUGCGCUACGGAAUGUCAAAUGAAGAAAAAGAACAUGACGAUCACGUUCGAUUCAAAGUGGAGUAAGUUGUGCUCCGAUAAAUCUCACUAAAUCUUUCUGUCGCCCUAAUAUGCAAUCAGAUAGCCAAUUUUAAUUAAGUCAACCAGUGUGUGAAUCAAAGUCUUUUUAAAUUUUAAUUUUUUUAUUUUACUUCUAAUAGUAUACUCAAGGAAACAGCUUGGGUCACGAUUAAGCAAUGUAGUUCCUCAUGCAGGUAUUUACGGUCUGGUAACUGGAAACACAUUUAAUCCUUUUCCACAGCUAAAAUGCAAUGAUGAAUAUUUCCCCCUGGGAGCGUUCUGCCGCAGACAUACGAUAUAAGUCUACUUUCAAAUGUCAGCAGUAGGUAAUUUACGGCAAAUAAGAGAUGGCAUGCAAGAAGGUUAACCUAGUUUAGAAGCCAACAGAGUUCUAGUCAGUUUUUGGCAAUAAGUACCAUGUUCUCCUGUCUUUGUGUGCUGGUUCAGGGCUCUCGUAAAAUGCCUUAUGAAUUGUUUUCACACAGAAAAAUCACUUCGUAUUUGACGUUUUAAAAUAUUCCUAAACUUUUGGUCUGUGUUUUUAGAUUUUGUUACAAAAACACUAGCGGCCCUACAAAAACAACAGAAGCGUCCCUUGGAAAGACCAUGCCAAUGCCAACGGCAAGGACAACUAAACUUGUGGACAAAUUUGAUCUGCUCGGCAGAUGA